UUUUAAACAUUUUUUCCAUGUUUCUGGUAUCUUAUGUUACUUGAAAUUUUUCUCUGGGACGCGAGUUCUGGCACACGCUGUAUAUUUAGUAUAUUUUGCUAUGCAAAGUCGUUAAAACAGUAUUUUAGGGGCCAAAUUUAUGUUGAUAAACCAACGAUGUCUUUAUCAUUCAAAAAACUGUCCAAACUAAGUUAAACAAAAGUUUUCUUUACUUUCAAUCAAAACCUCCACUCGUGGUCCGCGAUGAUUCAUGCAAUUGCGUCAUAGGCGCACAGAUAUCCACCUGUUUCAAAUAUACCUGAUAAGAAUAAUGGUGUUUGAGAUAACGUAUUGUUGCAAUGGUUAAAUAAAAAUGUUUGUCAAUAAAGUUCAUGACCAAAAAGUGGAGCUACGGUGUACCAUUUUUCGGAAUUUGUAUCUUAAAGAAAAAUGCGAUUAUUUAGACAGCGAGUGCAAAAUGUUCGCCGAACAAAUCCUCACAAGUCAGGUGACUAGAGAGAAAACUAAUGAAACUAAAGCGGAUGUGGAGAAUGAAUUUAAUAAUUUGAAGCAGUUGCAAGACCAAAAAAUGCACGAAUUGACUGUAGCCAAAGAGAAAAUUGUGACAUUGUCUUCAGUGCUGGAAAAUUCGAAAUUGUCUCUGAGUGAGAGUAGAUCGAUGAGUGAAGUACUAGAGCUAAAAAAUGAGAUGAUAAAGUGUUUACAAGAAGAAUUAGUUCAAGUCCGAUUAAAGGCGGCCGAGGAUUGGGCUCUAGUCCGGGAGCUGAAACAGAUUAGAGAUGAAUUGGAAAAAGAUAAAGAAAUGUUAACUAAGACAAAGCCGAAAACUAUUGCACGGCUACAGCAGGAUCUAAUGACAGCAAAAAUAUUGGAAACGCAAUAUUCGGUCGAAUUUGGUGAAAUUCGAAAACAACUGGAGAAAAUAAAAUCAGAAAUAGCUAUUCAUAAACCGGAAUGCCACUUAAAAUCAGAAGGUAGGAUUAAAUUGUUUACGAAAGGGGCAAAGUGGGCGAAUGAUGAUGAAAAAAAAGACACUAAAGAUAUCGAAAAAGAAAUCAAAGAAUUGGAAAAAGAAAAAUUGUUUCUUCACAAUAAGAUUCCUGAUUUGCAAGCAAAAGUCGAUGUCUUGAAUAAACAUAUAAAGUUCAAGGAGGAAGAACGACGCACAUUACAAGAAAAAUUAGACAGUGUGAAAACAAAAUAUCAAAGUAUUGAAAACAUAACUUUGGAAAGAAGGAGACAAUGUGAACAUUUGGAAAGUAGUGCUUCCGAAAAAGUACACACAAUACGUAAUAGUAGUAGCGAAAAGAAGCAAAACAUUGAUGAUCUUUCAAGUAAACUUAACGAAAUGUCGGAUAGAAAACAGAGUAUCACUAAUGAAUUGAAGCAAAAGGAAUUAACGACGAUUCAGAACCUUGAGAAGAAAAUUGUUAUUUUGGAACAAAAAAUUAAACAAUUAAAUGUAGAGGAAGAAGAAUGGAGGGAAUCAAUGCCUUCCGUUAUUAAAUUUUUGUAAUUUUUUAAUAUAACUUUUAAAAGUAAUUAAUUGUAGUUUUAAAGUUAUGGUUUUAAAUCAAACAGGAAAUUUUGUACGUAACAAUAACAAUAAAGUAACAAAAGUAA